AUGCUUCGGAUCUGGGCACUUACCCUGCUGCUGGGAACAGUAGUCGGAAAGGAAGUCUGCUUCCAGAGACUUGGCUGCUUCAGUGAUGAUUCCCCAUGGGCAGGAAUUGUGCAGAGACCCCUCAAAAUUUUGCCCUGGAGCCCCAAAAAGGUCAACACCCGCUUCCUCCUGUACACCAAUGAGAAUCCAGACACCUUUCAAGAAAUUUCCGCAAAUGCAUCAGCUAUCGAGGCCUCCAAUUUCAGAACAGAUAGAAAAACCCGCUUCAUUAUUCAUGGAUUCAUAGACAGCGGCGAAGGAAGCUGGCUGUCCGAUAUGUGCAAGAACAUGUUCCAGGUGGAAAGUGUAAACUGCAUUUGUGUGGAUUGGAAAGGUGGUUCCCGCGCGGAGUAUACCCAGGCCUCACAGAACAUCCGCAUCGUGGGGGCAGAAGUGGCUUAUUUUGUCGAAGUCCUGCAGACAGCCUUUAAUUACUCGCUCUCCAAUGUCCACAUCAUUGGCCACAGCCUGGGUUCUCACGUUGCUGGGGAGGCGGGAAGGAGGACCAAUGGGACCGUUGGACGGAUCACAGGGUUGGACCCAGCUGAACCUUGCUUUGAAGGGACACCUGAAUUAGUCCGACUGGAUGCCAGCGAUGCCCAGUUUGUGGAUGUAAUUCACACAGAUGCUGCCCCCAUAAUCCCCAACAUGGGGUUUGGAACAAGCCAGAUUUCAGGACACCUGGAUUUCUUUCCAAAUGGAGGAAUACACAUGCCCGGGUGCCGGAAAAACAUUCUCUCUGAGCUCGUGGACGUACAGGGGAUCUGGGAAGGCACCUGUAACUUUUUUGCCUGUAACCACCUGAGAAGCUUCAAGUAUUACACUGAUUCCAUCCUCCACCCCGAAGGCUUUGCUGGAUUCCCCUGCGCCUCGUACGAUGCUUUCACUGAGAACGAGUGCUUCCCCUGUCCCAGUGAAGGCUGCCCGCAGAUGGGUCACUAUGCUGACAGAUUUCCUGGGAAAACAAGGGCAGUAGGACAGAUAUUCUACCUGAACACCGGUGAAGCCGCUGGCAGUUUUUCCCGUUGGAGGUAUAAGGUGUCUAUUACUCUGUCUGGAAAGAAGGUUAGAGGACAUGCACUAGUUUCUUUGUCUGGAGAUCAAGGAAACUCUAAGCAGUAUGAAGUUUUCAGUGGCGUUCUCAAACCAGACAGUAUUCAUUCCAAUGACAUUGACUCAGAUGUGGAUGUUGGAGAUUUGCAGGAGGUUAAAUUUCUUUGGUAUAACAAUAUGAUCAACCCAACUCUACCCAAAGUGGGAGCAUCCCAGAUCACAGUGGAAAGAAACGAUGGAAAAGUGUACAACUUCUGCAGCCAGUCAACUGUGAGGAAGAAUGUGCUGCUCACCCUCAGCCCGUGUUAGGAGCCUGCUCACAUGUGACCCCUGGAUCCGAUUGCUAAUAAAACCUAUU